CAGGUUGCCUAUUUGCAAUUUCAAUCGCAAAAGAAGAAGCCAGCAAGUUAGGAACUGUUAUUGGGAUUGAUCUUGGGACUACCUAUUCUUGUGUUGGUGUCUAUAAGAACGUGGGAAUCGUAUCACGCCAUCAUGGGUGGCUUUCACCGAUUCCGAGAGGUUAAUUGGUGAGGCAGCAAAGAAUCAAGCGGCUGUAAACGCCAAACGAACUAUCUUUGAUGUUAAGAGACUUAUAGGGAGAAAGUUUGAGGACAAAGAAGUUCAGAGGGAUAUGAAACUUUUCCCUUACAAGAUUGUGAACAAAGACGGGAAGCCGUAUAUCCAACUUUCACUCAAGGUUGGGGAAACUAAGGUCUUCAGUCUUGAAGAGAUUAGUGCUUUGAUUCUUACCAAAAUGAAGGAGACGGCUGAAGCAUUCCUCGAGAAGAAGAUUAAGGAUGCUGUUGUUACAGUUCCUGCUUACUUCAAUGAUGCCCAAAGGCAGGCUACCAAGGAUGCUGGUGUGAUUGCUGGUUGA